CAAAAAAGCAACGUUUGCAGGUUAGUUGAAAAAUCGAAAUCGCACUUUAGGAGAACUGUGAACAAUGGCAACCGGAAUAUUUCCUGCUUUGGCUAUACGUUCCUCCACUGGAGUUGAAGUAUGGAAAUCUGACGGAUUUAAAAAUCCUUUCGUUCCGGAGCCAAGGUUUGUUCGAGACGAGAGCAAACUUUGCCGUGCUAUUGUUUAUAGUCCAAAUGGUCGAUUUCUGGCGUGGGCAAACGGUACUACGGUCCAAAUCAGCACAGUUUCUGAUUGGAAACUACUGCACUCGUUACCGAGACCAAAGGCAUUUUACAUCAAAUUUUCUCCACGAAGCACUUAUUUAAUGACAUGGGAAGCCUACACAGAAAACCCUAAGGACGAAGUGAAGGAGAAACCUAAUCUUUUCCUCUAUGAGGUAGCCAGUGGUCGAGAAGUAUUUUCAAUCAUUCAGAAACGCCAUGCUGAUUGGGAGAUGCAUUGGACCAUCGAUGAAAGUCUUUUCGCUUUAAUGGUCGGAGGUGAAGUGCUGUUUUACGAAGUGCAACCUAACACUGACUUUCCGAUAAAGCCAACGAAACGCAUGGGUGGUGCUCGAAACGGAGGAGUUUCAGUUUCUCCUGGACCGAGUCCGCCGUUUGUGGCAUUUUAUGUGCCAGGCACAAAAGGUGCCCCUUUCAUGUGUCGCCUGUUUCGUUAUCCGAAUCUUGAAGCCAAUCAGCCGAUUGCUUCCAAGAGUUUUUUUCAGGCAGACAAAGUUGAGAUGAUAUGGAAUCAAAAAGGCAAUGGACUUUUAUUGUUGACUAGCACUGAUGUGGAUCAAACUGGGGUUUCGUACUAUGGUAAACAGGCUCUUCAUUUUAUGACUACGAAAGGAGAUUCAUUUGCAGUUCAACUUAACACCGAAGGAUCGAUCCAUGCUGUCGCAUGGAGCCCACGUUCAACUGAAUUCUGCGUUGUGUAUGGUUUCAUGCCUUCAAAAGCAACCCUAUUCAAUUUAAAGUGCGAUGCAAUUUUCGACUUUGGAACUGGACAUCGAAAUUCAAUCUAUUACAACGAAUUUGGUAAUAUGUUAGUGUUUGGCGGUUUUGGUAACCUUCCUGGGUACAUUGAGGUUUGGGAUCUUAACCUUAAAAAGAUAAUUACUGAACAUAAAGCGCCUGAUACAACACUACUUGAAUGGAGUCCAAUCGGAGAUACAUUUUUAACUGCAACGACAGCCCCAAGAUUAAGGAUGUCUAAUGGUUUUAAAGUUUGGCAUUACACUGGAGCACUUUUGCACGAAACUCAUUGGCCAGAAAAACAAGAAUUACUUGAAAUCAUUUGGCAAAAGUAUGCUCCAGGUAAUUUUAGGGAAAAUAUGAUUUCUCACGAUAAAAUAGAAGGAAUCCCUUCAAAAACUCCUCAGGCAAGUAAACAAAAAUAUGUACCGCCCGGUAUGCGAAACAGUGUAAGUGCUGGAAGCGGAGAAACUUCUUCAUCUUCAGGAACGACCCGAGCUCUGAUUCCAGGCCUGCCUCCAGGAUAUCGUUCUUCUGUGCAACUGGCGAAAGACAAACAGAAAAACAAAAAAAAUAAAAUAAGUCGAGAGAUCACUCUUGUUGGAAAUAAUGGUAUAACCAACGGUCAAAACCUCAUUCGAACAGGAUCAGGUGGAGGUAAUAGACUCAAUGCUCAAGAGAAAAAAAAUCGUCCGCAAUCUGCAUCUAGUUCUAAAGUAGCUCAAACAGAGAAAACGGAAGGAAAUCCAAAACGAUCUCAAUCAACUAACAGCGGUGACCCAGAGAAAGAUAAAAAGAUUAAAAAUAUUAAUAGAAAGCUCAAGGACAUAAAAUUGCUAAAGGAAAAACAUGAACGCGGAGAAAAACUCGAGCAUACUCAGAUAGUCAAAAUAAAUUCAGAACCCGAAUUGAUGAAGGAACUAAAUGCCCUUAAAUUGUAAUAAUUUGUGGAAAUCGCGGAACUGGCAAAUUUAUGCAUACGUCCAAAACAAUCAUCGAUAUCACCAUCACUUGAAAUAUAGAAUCAGAUAAAUAUGCAUGCUAAGAACGCUAUUUGCCGAUAAUGCAAGGCAAAAUUCGUGUUUUCAAAAUCAAUUAUGUAUUACAUUCUUCUAAGGGCAAAUGCAAAAUUUUUCUGUGCAACACUGUACCUAGUUCCUGUGGGUAUGCCAACCUAUGCCUGUACAGCAUCAAAUGAAUUUAUGGCUGUUUUCUUGAAUUUGAGAAGUAAUCGUAUUCUAUGAUUGAAUCAAACGAAGUAUAAAAUACAGAGCAUGCACAAGCACUUCAAAAGUUGUGGUUUUAACAUGGCAUAUUUGCAACACAGGGUGAUUUUGAUCAACAAUAAAAUCGUUGAACAUAAUAAA